AUGAAACGGGCAUGCGUGAAUAUUCUUUUACAUUUUCCAGACACGAUUGACCUCGUCGUAUCCCAUCAACUGCUGCUCACGUCUGAGGCUGUCACGGCUCUAAAGGGUAAUAAUGUGGGGGAGGCACUUGUGGACUUCUGCCAUUCGGAAGAUGUGGGCCUCACUGUGACAGUGAAACAUGAUCCGGAAGGGAUGAGAAAUAAGCUUUUUUUAUGCGUCAUAAUCCUCAUUGUUGUCUCCUCCGUCGCCUGUGCAGUCUUGUUGCUUGUGUGGCGCCGUGUUGAGGAUUGCAGUGUAUGUCCCACUACCGUUGGAGCUUGUGGUUAUCUCUGCGCUGGCGCGUCAUUUACUCGGCCCGGUUGCCUUUGCAGCGCGGCGGCGUGGUAUCAGGGGCCGUGUGGAUGA